CAAUGAGAGUUGGGCUAGCGGGCUUAUAAAUGGGACACCGGAUGACACAUUUUUCAUUCUGUAUUUUCCAAAACCCUCUGAAGCACUCUCAAAAUGACUGGUCGUGGCAAGGGAGGUAAAGGACUCGGCAAAGGAGGCGCGAAACGCCAUCGCAAAGUUUUGCGUGACAACAUUCAAGGUAUCACCAAGCCGGCCAUUCGUCGUCUUGCCCGCCGUGGCGGUGUCAAACGUAUUUCUGGUCUCAUCUACGAAGAGACUCGUGGUGUUUUGAAGGUGUUCCUUGAGAACGUCAUUCGUGACGCUGUUACCUAUACCGAACACGCCAAGAGGAAGACCGUGACAGCCAUGGACGUCGUUUACGCCUUGAAGCGUCAGGGUCGUACUCUGUACGGUUUUGGCGGUUAAAAUUUCACUAUUCCAGCUCUUCUUGACCCAUCGGCCCUUUUCAGGGCCACCAUUUAAUCAAAGAAAAAAGUACUUUUACUGCUUCGUAAGUUUGGACGAGCUAAAAAUAAGUGAAAAUGAUAUUGUAUUUCUCUUUCGUGGAAAAUAUUCUGCCCCACAUUGCUUAGGGGUUGUAGCUAUUUACAAUUUCGGUUUUCAGUCAUUUCCCUUGUACUAAUUCAUUAAUUAAUCAGAUAUUUUUCAGACAGUUAAUAACGUCAA